AUGGUGGAGGAGUGGGCGGCCAAGCAAUGGCAACGGGUUUAUCCAGGCCAGGGUCAAUUGCAAACCGACCUGAUGCGCCACCUCUCCUAUGGGCUCAAAUACGCUGACGCCGACCUGCCGCAGUACCGCGAGCGUAUCGGCCAAGUGCAGCAAUCGCUGCGGCAGUUGCCAUUGGCUGAGCGGGUGUACAUGAGCAUGAAACUGGAGGCCCAGGAGCGGCUGCCCGUGCCACUGGACCUGCGCACUGAGGAGUAUUUCGAGCCCCGCGCCAAGGACGUCACUGAACUGGCGAUGAUCGAUCAGUGGGUGCUGGGCGAGCGGCAGGGUCUGGACUAUUCCGAAGAGGACCGGAAGGUGCUCACAGGGCGCAUACGGGCGCUGUAUGGUGCUGACUACGUAGACAGCUGGCGUCGGGCGCUGAAUCAGUUUUCGGUCACCGACUUUCGCGACCUGACCCACGGUGUCGCCGUACUCGAACAAGUGACCGGCCCCGCGGCGCCUCUGCGGCGCCUGCUGGAAACGCUGCAGGACAACACGGUGAUUUACCCGUCCGAGCCACUGGUGGAGGCCAGUGCACCGGUUGAAGCCGAACAACUGCAAGGCGCUCGGGCAGGGCAGCAACAGGCUGCGGGGAUUCGGCGUGCAUUUGUCGGCUUGUCCGAAUUGCUCACCGGUAAAGGUGAUCAGCCUUCCUACUACGAAGAGACCCUGCGGGCAGUCAGCGCUGUCUACGACUAUGCGAAAGCGGUGGAAGACCACCCGGAUCGCGGCAAGGCUGCGCUGACAACCGUCCUCAAGCGUUUUUCACUGGGCGGGCCGGAUCCUGCCUUGGUGAUCGAGGCGCUACGCGAACUGGAGAAGCGCUGGGACGCCGAGGUGCAUGGCUUUUACCGUGAGCGACUAGCCAAUCGUUACCCCUUCAAGGCGGGUAGCCCGGACGAUGCGUCACUGGAAGAUUUCGAAGCGUUCUUUGGCCCGCAGGGCCGGCUGCAACAGUUUCACGAGCAGUACCUGAAUGCCUUUAUCAAGGACAACAUUGAUGCGCUGUACUCCGAAAGCCUGGGGCUUCCUGGUUCAGCCAGAGGUGCUGAACCAGUUGAAACUGGCCGAGCGCAUCCGAGAUACCUUUUUCAACCAACGGGCGCCCUCAGUGUGCAACUGGCCAUGAGCCGCUGGCGU